AUGUAUGAUCGGACUCCCCGAGUGCUCAAAUUUGCUGAAGGUGGCAGCACUGAGGAUCACGUGGGUCCUGGAUCUUACCAGGUACCUUUCCUGAAGCAGGAGGCAAAGGGUGGCUAUGCACCAUUCCUUUCUUUGACUGCCAGAGAAAGUACUUUUGCAGUUGCCUCUGGCACUGAGAAAGCUGUUCCAGGUCCAGGACACUAUAAUAUUUCAGAAAAACAGAAACUUUCAAGGUCACCUUCAAUUUUCAAAUGUGUUAAUGUUCCUUCAAUUCCUUCUCAUGGACAGUCAUAUGGUUAUCAUAUUAAUGAGGAUGACAGUAUUAUAAAAAAUUUUCCACCUGCUAGUGAUAGCACAUUAGGUCCAGCAUACUAUAAACCUCAAUUUGAUUUUUCCAGUGCAACUUUAAAAUACAAGGGAAUACACUUUGGCAACUCUUUAGGAAGACUAGACUUACAUAUAAAGUCAGGCCCUGGUCCUGGACAGUAUGAUAUAGUCCAGAAAAAGACACCACAUUAUGAAAAUAUUAACAUCAAGAAAGAUCGACAGAACAAUUAUUGCUCACAUCUCCCACGAUUUUAUGAAAUAAUACAAUUGCAGGAGGAAAAAAAGAGAUUUGCACCUGUAAAGUCAACCACCACAGGUCCUGGCCCAUAUAAUGAAUCUCGAACUGCUUUCAAAAUCUUGAAGAAAACACCAGCAUUGAAAAAUACCCCAUUUGGUCAAAGUGCUGCUCGAUUCACAUGGGACUCCAAGACAGAGAAAAUGCCAGGUUCUGGGUUUUAUAAUAUCCUCAACAAUACUAUCAUUGACAACCUCAGCAGAAUGUGCUUAAAGAAACAAAGGCAAAGUACAUUUGGGUCUUCUGUUCCUCGGAUGUCCUUCUUGGAUCGGAAAGAAACUUUUAGUACUCCUAGGCCUGCUGACUAUCAGUGGGAGUGCAUUGACAUAGAGAUCCCACCGAAUGCGUUGAUACCAUUCCAUAUUGAGAACCUGAGCAUUGGUGACUUCGGGUGUCUGCAGAGUUCAAAAACAAGUGCAGCUGGAUGCAAUCUUCGUCUUAGUACAGAAGGAACGCUGAAGGCCACCGCUGAGCAAGGUGCACUGCGAUAUGCUCUGAGUUACAUAGGCAUUCGUAAAUGGUAG